GGGCAAACAAAUUGGCUAAAUCUUGAAUUUUAUGGGGCAGUAGUUUAGAAUUUAUACUGCUGAAACAUUUCGUCUCUACCAUUAGCCGGUCUCCAACACUGUGAUACCUUGUCGUACCAGCUCCACAAGUACCAGAAAAGAAUGAAGCAACAGUUAGUUAUUGCAGUGGUCGUCUUCUCAAGUUUUUUCAUAGUUUGUCAAACUAAGAAGGGUAAGGACGAUUCAUGCAGUGGCGGCUACUGUGACUUCCAACUUCCGCCCUGUGGGCUCUGUGGUAGCAAGAUCAACGUCACGCUCAGGGCUAUAAAUAGCUUACAGACGCCAUAUUUCUCCAUCGUCGCCAACCUGAUGAACGUUUACCAGAGAGAGUUGUUGGCCCUGCUGGAACUUGCGGCCAACAUGGUGCCUAACUUCAGGUUUAAGGCGACCUACUUCCCUAGCAAUGGCUACUUUAUAGAGAGCAUCAACAACGUGCCCGGGUCAACGGUCACACAGACCUACUGGAAGAUCUUCGCUGGGGAUAGCCUUGACUGUGGUGUCUCCAACUACAUACCUGCAAACGGUGAAGAAAUCAUCUUCAAGUUCACCUCGUAUGCAUCCACUGGAUAUGUGUUGAGACACAGCGACACAAUGAAACUCAGGACACUGGCCGUACUUCUCAUUCUCUUCUCAUGCUUCAUGCUGGGCCAGGCCAAGAAGAAAAAGAAAAUCUGCCCCCCACAGAACUCAUGUGACUUCGAUCAACCACCGUGUGGCUUGUGUGGGAGAAAAAUUAACGUGACCCUCAUAGCCAGAAACAACCUGACACCCCCUACAUUUGAACUCACCGCCAACAUCGUCAACGAGUUUCAAAGAGAACUACUCACCUUCUUGGAGAAAGCGUGUGUGAUCAACGCUGCUUUCAAGUUCGAAUCCACCUACUACGCUGGGCUGGGCUACUUUAUUGACAGCAUCAACGGAGUUCGAGGUUCGAUUCCAAAUGAAACUUUUUGGCACAUCAGCAGCAACGGUGUGGCGGCCGAAUGUGGCGUGUCUAGCUAUAUCCCAGUCAACGGGGAGACAAUUCUGUUUAACUUCACCACCUACCAGGAUGCUGGCUACGACUUCACGUGAGUUUUUAGCAUUCGGCAGCAGAAACCUGGAGCCUGGACACUGGUCAAGGCUUCAAAUGGCACCAUUGUGUUACAGACCUAGAUACCACACACAAACAUCGACGCUCACAUUGAGUUAAGACACUGUGAGAAUUCAGUUGCUGACGAUGGAUGUGACGAUUUUUUCGUGUCGUUAAAAUAUUACGGUUUUAAAAAUUUUAAAUAUAUAUUGAAGCUUAA